GAUUCUGCAGAACUCAGCCAUUUGAUCCAAUCUCGAAACUCACAGAAACAUGACCGCAGUGGAAAUAGUGGAAACGAGCCUGAGCAUCUUGCAGACCGAGCCAGCGAAUUUCACCGCCCGAAACAAGAUCAAUGCCCCACUCACCAGAGUGGUGUACCGACAACAGCAGCUCCGCAUCCGAUGAGCCCCACUCGAUGGAGUGGUGUACCGGCCUUUGCAAACAAGAAAACAAGCGCGUCAGGGUUUGCCAGCAGCCUUCCUGAUGUCCCAGUCGUGCCGGUCCCUAGUUUCAUGAUGCAGCAGUCAGGUCUCCAAGCCCAGGUUCAUGCAGAGUGCAAGACCGCCCCAUUUCAUGAACAUGUAACACCAGUAGCAGACAGGCCGAAGUGUCCACAUGUUGAUGCAGUACGAAGCUUUGCAGGUACCCCAAUGCAUGAGACCACCCAAGCUCUUGGAGGUAGCCGAGAUAAUGAGAAUGCCAACCAAUCCCAUCCCCACCAUGUUGCCAUGCCUCUUCCACGCUUAGGGUGUGGAGGCCCCCCCCAAGAACAUCAGAUCAUCCAAGAGGGUCCUGCACACCAUGCCAACUUUCCGAGCAAGAUGGGCAAAAGUCAUCCAGAAGUGUCAGAACAGCAAAGCGCCUUGCCGCCAGAGAAUGAUGAGGCAAACCGAAAUGUCCACUGUGAAGAACUUGAACUGCACUUAUCCAAAGACUUAGCCCUCUCCCCCACUCCACCCGAUGCCAUGCCCCUUCCACGCUUAGGGUGUGGGGGCCCCACCCUUCCCCAUGAUCCGGUGGACGAGCAGAACUCACCAGAUGAAGAAGCACAAUGUGAGGCCUUGGCCAACAAUGAACGUGCCACCAUGGAAGUGUUUGUCCUUCAUGCGGAUGCCAGGUAUCCAAUCCCAUACAAGGUUGCCACUGAUGCCACGCCAGGCAAGAUCACAGUCGCUGAAGCCGCAUUGAACUCCAUGACAUUGCCAAUUGCACCAAGAUCCAUUGUAGGUACCCACUUGCCUUUAGAUCAAGUGUUGCAUGCUGAACAGUAUGUGGUACUGCAUGAAUCCCUCCCAGAAAGCCUCAAAUGUCCGUUCUUCAGUACCAAGUACUCAGCAACACCGCCGAAGCUCAGCCUAGGAGACUGCGGGUUUCAGUCCAUUGCCUGGUUGAUUGCCGUGCUGAAUGAUUUUCAAGUUGAAGCCAUGACAGCCACCAGGGCGGCACAGUGGCGACACCUGUUUGUCAGAGAACUUUGCAAGCGAGGCACAGGACAUGAGGUGGUGAAUCACCUAGACAUCGGAGGCAGCAAGCUAGAUGCCCAAGAAAUGCAACAGCUCACCGACCUCCUCAACCAACAUGGGGUAUGGCCAGAAAGAUCAGGUGAUCGAGCCAAAGCGAUUGCCAAUGCAAUUCCUGCCAUUAGCAUCCGAAACAUCUUGUCAUCACCACGGCCAUGGCAAGACCUUAAAGCUGCAGCCAACGGGGUCAAGCCUCAAUUCAAACUCAUCAUGCCAGAUGAACUCAACGCCCAGAUUGCGAACCGUGCCAAUCACCGAAAGUAUGGGAAAAAACAACCCUCCAGACGCAAAGAUUCCAAGGAGUCGAUCACAGUGCAAGCUGCGGAACUCAUGGUGCCACAUGGAGUAUUCAAACAACAGGACAACACUGUCCUUGGCCCUUUGCAAGUAGGAGACGUAGGUCCGAAUGCAAUGGGAGUCUUGCUGGUUGACCAAGCUGAUUGUCAAGCAACACUGAGACUACCCACACCGGUCACCCAACAUGGACUUGCUGUGAUCGUCCUCGCCACCAAGGACAACACCGACCAGCACCAGACCGAGCCAGUGCGGUUCCCAGCCAUGUGUGUCUCAACUCAGGAACCACUGAUUGCUUCAGGCUACAUGUACCAGCUGGGAUCACAACCAGUGAUACGCCAUGAGCCAGCAGUGAAACUGGCCAUCGAAGAGCAAGCAACCGAAGCAAUGAGAUGCCUAAUCUUCAAGGAUCAGGUCCGGCCAGCCAGUGCGGAUAUUUUUGUCUUCUCAUUCAGAAUGAUUGCCGACAAAAGUGAGUUGCUCCUGACCAAGAGUGGCCAAAGCGGAAUCUAUUGGGAACCGAGAUCACCCUGCGGAAGAUAUCCCAACGAUAGCUAUCAUGUGACAUGGCUCAGCAACAUGACCUUUCAGGAUGCCAAGUAUGCUCAACAAACGUCGCCCCAGGCGACAACACUGGCACGCCAUGGAGAACGUUUCGGUCUCCGCAGUGAUGUCAUGAACGCACAGCAGAUCCAUGACAAGCACAGACCCAACACACCGCUGUUGAUGGGCCAAUCCAAGAUGCUCUACGCAGUUGGACCAUUGCCUUACUCUACCACCAAGGUAGCUUUGCACAAGUUGCUGAAGGCAUGGCAAUGGGAAGCAAAACCCCUGCAGCCAAAAGGCCGGGCCCAAGAUGGAUCAGGAGUCACCUGGCAUAUCCAAGCAACAGAAGAUCCUGGACAUUGGGUCUACUCACUGCAGCAUGGAGAUGUCUUGGUGUCCAAAAUCCAGGACACAAAGCCGACACCGACGCAAAUGCCAUACUCAAUCGUGGCCUCGAAGAAGACCAUGGAACAUCUGCAAGGCCCAGACCCUUGGGCAAACUAUGACCCGUGGCGCAAAGAUGGACCCCCGAACACACAGGCCACCAGGCAGCCAUCAGCCAAUCAGCCAAGCCAACCAGUGACCCAGGCCCAACUUGCUGCCUGGGAAGCCAACCUGGAGAAGAAGCUCCAGUCGAUUGCCAAGAGCUCAGAGGGGGAUACAUCAAUGGAACCAUCCAACAUCGAGUCAAGAAUCACAGAACUUGAGAACAAGUUUCAUCAGGUCCAACAUAUGCAGGCAGGCAUGGACAGCAAGGUGAACAUGCUCCAAUCCCAGAUUGACCACCAAAGCAAAGUCCUCGGGGACAAAAUCGAUGAGAGGAUGUCAGAACAAAUGGACCGCAUAGAGCAGCUGCUCUGCAAGCGGUCGCGUUUUGAGGUCAGGACAUCCGCAUGCAACCGAGUGUCACAACCGGUGACCACAAAGUUCAAAAUUUUGGUCAUGUUGAUCAUUUUCUUUGCCACAUCGUUCCGGCCGGGAGAGGCCACAACACCAGGGCCAGUGAUUGGCAACAUGAAUCCUACGGGCCUCAUGGGGAAAGCCUCCGAGAUAGCGACAUUGCCUUCAGGCUUGUAUACUUUCCAAGAGUCUCAUCUAACCAGCCAGGGCAUCCGUAGAUUCAAACAAGAACUUGCCUGGUGCAAAACGGGGUAUCGACUUUACCAUGGUCACCCUGCUCCACCAAAGAAUGACUCAGUAAGAACCAUUGGGGGACGCCACACAGGGACAGGAGUCCUAACCCCAUAUCCAUGCAGACCAGUGGAACAUCACUGGACGCCAGAGCAAUACCAAUCAGGUCGAUGCCAUGUUUCAGCAGUUUUCAUGCAAAAAAGAUGGAUCACAGUAGGCACUGUAUAUGGCUUCAGCGAAAGAUCCCAUUGUCUCGACACCCAGCAACAGACAUGUUCUCUUCUGGAUGGCCUUUCCAGCCGUGUAGUGGAUGGAGCACAUGGCCUGCGAGUAGUAACAGGGGACUGGAACCAAGAACGUCAUAACAUCCCGCAAGCUGACCAAUGGGAGGCAAAAGGGUGGAUGGAAGCACAGGUUUUCGCCCAAUGGAGAUGGUCGCAAACACCGUUGGCCACCUGCCGAAAGACCACAGUCAAAGACUAUGUUUACCUGUCGCCAGAGAUAUUGCCCUAUGUCAAAGAUGUACAGCUUGACUGGUCGAUGUUCACCGACCAUGCAAUCAUUCAAGUCCACCUGGAUGAUCUUGACAGGCCUCCCAUGAUUCCAAUGUGGCGAAAGCCAACACAGAUAUCAUGGCCCGAAAAACCGAAUCACGACAUCAUUUGGGACAAACAUGCCAACCCUGACACAGACACCAAUGCAUGGUAUCGGGAAAUUUGGGGAAAUGUUGAACAGUAUGCGAGUGCCUGGAACCAAGCCAACAAUCAGCCGCCCCUUACCAGCAACCAGCUUGGCAGGGGCACCACCACGGAAGUGAAAUGGACACAAGAGCAGAUAGCACCCAUCAAGCCCAACCGUAGAGGGGAUGUACAAAGCCUCCUGGCCACCAGCUCUUUGCAAUACAGCCGAUGGACCAAGCAGAUCAGACGCCUGCAGCACUACACGAGAUGCGCUGGAUCACAGUGCACCAACGGCGUCAUGGAACACAAAGCAUGCCUUUGGCGGAAAAUCCUGCAGGCUGUUGGUUUCGAUGGCCAUUUUUGCACAUGGUGGGCAAAGCUCCCGAAAGCAUUCAUAGAUUCACCUGUGUACUUGCCUCGCACCCCACCGCAGUUUGAAGUUGCCAAUGCGGUAUACACUGAAUUUGGUGCACAGUACAAAGCAUUGGAAGCCAGCCUUUCCAAAGCCAAAUACAUCCAUGCUGCACAAAGGAGAGCCAAAGACCCAUUGCAAAUCUACCGAGACCUCCAGCGUGAAAGAGCCGAGCCGGUUCAGACCAUAGUAGUUUCCGAUCGCAUCCAAGUCCUUGAUGCGAACAACAAAGAUGAAGAUCAGGUUGAACUUGAACUUGCCACGCCGAUGCCCCAGAAUAUGCACAGUGUAGCCAUCAAUGGCAUUCCCACUGCCAUUACCAUCGUAGACCCGCACCACAUCCAGCUACCAGCAGCAAGUGCAGAGGCAUGCAUGGCAGGCCUCACCAUCCAGAAAGUCGAAGCCGAUGUGAACACAAUCCUCCAAGCCUUCGAAGCAGAAUGGGCCCCUAGAUGGUACAAGCCUGAACAUGAAGAUCCAUCCCAAUGGGGUACAAUUGUUAACUUCAUGAAGCAUGUCAUGCCACCAAGAACAGUAGAGUUUCCUCCCAUCACAGUGGAAAUGCUUACUAAGGUUGUAGCAUCCAAACGCAAAUUUGCAGCCGUUGGACCGGACGGAGUCUCCAAACAAGACAUCCUGCGUAUGCCACCAGUUGCCAAAGCAGACCUGGUCUCCAUGCUUGAGUGCAUAGAAGUAGGAGCUCCUUGGCCAACACAAUCAGUGACGGGCUUGGUUGCCGCCUUAGCCAAAACCCCCACUGCCCAGACGGUGGGCCAGUACAGGCCAAUUUGCAUUUUUCCCAUGGUGUACAGAGCUUGGAGCUCCAUCAGAGCCCGCCAAUGCCUUAGAUACCUCAUGAACCUGGUGCCAACCACACUUAUGGGAAACAUCCCUGGCAGAUGCCCCCAGAAGAUUUGGUACCACAUCCAACUCCUGAUUGAACAUUCAUACUGCAUCCCAGCUGAACAGGCCGGGGGAGUAGUAGAUAUUGUCAAGUGCUUUAAUGCCCUUCCUAGACAUCCCUUGUCAGAGAUAGCCAAACACCUGGGCAUACCGGACCGAGUCAUGAGACCAUGGCAACAAGCCCUAAAGCAGAUGAUACGUAGAUUUCAAGUCCGAGGAGCCGUAGGUAGGCCACUGCCUAGCAACAGAGGGUAUCCGGAAGGGUGCGCACUUUCAGUUGUGAGCAUGGUGGUUGCCAACAUCACCGUUGAACUUUGGAUGUUUUAUCGAUACCCAUCAGUCCGACUGUGGUCAUUUGUUGAUAACAUUGAAGCCACCACCGACUCAGCCGAAUCAGCCAUCUCAGCCCUUGAAGCACUGGGGGAGUUUUGUGACCUUAUGGAUUUGAGCAUUGAUCCAUGUAAAACAUAUGCCUGGAGUACAUCCCCAGCCGGACGCAAAACCAUCAUGGACAGUCAAUUCCAUAAAAAGCUUUUCGCCAGAGAUUUGGGGGGGCACAUGUGCUAUUCCAAGCUGAAAACCAACAUGACUGUUCAAGACAAAAUCAAAGACUUCAAUCCGUUUUGGUUCAGACUGGCCCGGUCACUUGCCCCAAUGAAGCAGAAAGUAAGGGCUCUGUACGUGUCAGCAUGGCCAAACAUUUUCUACGGCAUUAGCACUAUCACCUUGGGAUCAAACCACUUCCAAAAACUGCGAUCGCAAUGCGCCAGAGCAUUGCAUUGUAACCAAACUGGAGCCAACCCAGACCUACAAUUGGCAUGUAUCUGUAACCCCAUGGCAGACCCAGAGCUGUUUAGUGUAAUUUCCACAGUAAUGGCAUUCCGAAACCAUGCAGAUCUUGAUCUCGCACAGUUCGCUUUCCAGCACCUGACAGAAGGUGGCAAUACAUCCCAAGGACCUUGUACAAGUUUCCUUGCAGCCAUACACAAACUUGCCUGGAGCUGGAGUCAUGGCGACGUGUGUCUUGAUGAGAACGGAGUUCACAUCAGAAUCAAGCACGCCCCAAAAGCUGAACUGAAACAAAGAAUCAUCCUUGCGUGGCAGCAGAGGGUUUUGAACACUGUGGAAGCCAUGCGUUCCACGAUGAAAGGCCUUGCACACACAGAUGUACGCCUGACCCUUAAAGCCAUGGCCACCAUCCCAGAUGACCAGCAAGGUCUCAUGCGAUGUGCCAUGAAUGGCACACAGUACACUAACGACGCACUUUGCCAUGCAGGAGUAGUAGAUACAGAUGCUUGCCGUUUUUGUAAUCACAAAGAUAGCAUUCACCACAGAACAUGGGAAUGUAGUUUCUUUCAGGACCUGAGAGACCAACUCCCUAACUUGCCUGACCAUAACCAGCUAAGCGCUAGCACAGCAUGCCAUGGUUGGUUGCCUAAGUCACCAGACCUUGACACACUGAGAAAGUUCUAUAUGCACUUCCCUGACACCACUGCAGAGUUUUCAUUUGUCGCCGAUGGACAGAGGCUCCCCUACCUUGAUUUGUUCCUUGAUGGAAGCUGUGUGCAUCCAACAGAAACUGAUACCAGGGUAGCUAGUUGGGCCGUAGUUUGUUGGGAUGGUAAUGAAUUCCGCCGAGUUGCAUGUGGCCUAGUUCCGGGUUGGAGACAAACCAGCCUGCGUGCAGAAAUUCUAGCGGCAGUAGCAGCUUUGAAAUACAGCACAGACCAGCACAAGCCCACACGGCUUUGGUUUGACAACGAAAAUGUCCAAGAUACCAUACAUCAUUGGAUCCAAGGGUUUUCAACCAACUGGGAAAAGAAACAAGACGAUGAUUUGUGGUUUCAGUUGUUUGAACAGUUUCGUCAUGCCAAGCCGUUUCUCCAAGCAGCUUAUAAAGUCCAAGCUCAUGCACGGCCACUUGACCAGGACACAGUGUUGGAUGCGUGGGCCGUCCAAGGUAACAUUGCAGCCGAUGUUUUUGCAGCAGAGGCACGUCAGAGGCUCAGCUCUGAUUUCUGGCAAUGUUUGGAAAAGGUAAGGUCUCACCAACAUACCACACUCAAGCAAGGGAACGCCCUCCACCAACUAUUUGUUCAAAUAGGUCUUCGUGCGCAAGCUGCGACGGUGAACAACAAGGUCACAAUCCCAAAGGGUGUACAUGUUGAAACAGCCGCAGGUGUUGAUACAGGAAUUUUGGCUCUAACAAUGGCGGAGGUGACAGACUUCCCUAAACACUUGCAGGUGGAGGAAACCCAUCACAUCCUUCAAUGGGCACGCUCUCUACGAGACGACGCUGGAGGAACAGCAUGGGUUUCGUACCAUCAACUUUUGGUUGACUAUCAGCAGCAGACCGGCCGUAUAGGCCCCUACACCCAUGGAAACAAAUGGACGGCAAGAGGGAUCGACGUCAUGUACGAUUAUCCCAGACAAGUGCAGAUGUUCGGAAGGUUCCUGCAAAACCUGGCGAAAGGGAUCAAACACCCACUUCAAACUGACCAGCGUCGGCCAGCCAGCACAGUGCUGGCUUUCUGGAGUGGAUGCCUACGUGUGGCGAUCACUGAACAAAGACUUACUGCGGUCGACAACUUCUAUCGAAGAGAGGUGCGAUGCCAGCCAGUGAGACAGAUCUCACGUGACAUGGCAGAC